AUGCUGGAUGCGGGCAUGGAAUGGCAAAACGAUGCCGUUGGUCACGAGAGGAUAGAGAGGGCGGGUUUGUAUGGUCAUACCUAUGAGGUGUCCAAGGCAUCCCGCAUAACAAGGUAUGAUAUGGAUGCCGACGGGCCUGUCAACAUCAAUUGGGGGACAACCUACCCACAUUUUCUUCUGAUAUUCCGCAGUUGUCUGUCGUCUGCUCAGAUGUAG